AUGCGGUUACUUGUACUUGUACUGGUCCACCUGACCGCAGCAAACAAGACCCUGACCUACUUCGAGAAAUACGGCUAUCUCAACAGCAACGGAACAUCGCUGACUAACAAUAUUAAGGACGCCGUUACGAGGUUCCAGGAGGUCUUCGGACUACAGGUGACCGGAUAUGAAAACGAGGAGACGCUGAAGCUGAUGGACACACCCAGAUGCGGUAACUCGGACGAAGGCAUAGCCCCGUUUUCCGUGAACCCAUUAGUUAAAUGGAACUCAACUCGGGUCACGUGGAACAUGAUUGGCUCUGGCAUCCAGUAUGCUAACAUCGUUAAGAGAGCGUUUUAUUUGUACUCCAAACACUCUGCUCUCGAAUUCCGUAGAAGUUACAGUAAUCCCACUAUAAUGGUAGUGAUUUCCCCUAAGAAACACGUGGCGUACUACCUUAAAAGCACUUGCAGUUACGAUUUUGACGGUCCAGGUGAUGUUCUCGGCCACGCCUUUCUCCCUCGACCGUGGCUGAACCAAUCGGAUAUACACCUUGAUUUCGAAAGAGGACUGGGACUUUACAAUUAA